AUGUCAGUCCACAAUGAUUUCUUCGUGGGCGCGGUCGACCCCACGGCGCAGGAGGGCGCAAAUGACCACAAUGACCACGGCCGAGUGUCAGGAACUUCGACUUCAACCGGCUUGGACUCGCCCCAAGGCAUAAUCGGUCCUGGCACGACUUCCGCUCCGUCUACUGCUACUGAUUUGGAUUGGUCCGAUUCACUUUUGUUCGGUGCCGAUAUAGACGGCCAAGAUGUCAUCUCGCCGCAGUUUCAUUCGGCCUUCCCCGGCUUUGAACCACACCAGGACCUGAACCUCACAUUUCAGCCCCAAACAGUCGAUUAUUCCAAUUCUGCCUUUCCUCUCUCUCUUCCUGUUGAGCAACCAGCUUCCGGGUUAGAACACGCAUCGUAUCAAGAAGCUAUGGAAGAGUUCUUUGCCAAGAAUGGAGCUUGGCGGCCCCCGGAGCCAUGCAACCACUGCAGGCGACUGCGUUUACAGUGUUUCAUGCUGCAAACUACAGAUGCGAAUCCCAAUCCCGUUAAUUCUUGCUCCAGCUGCGUUGCGCUCUUCAGAAACUGCAGUCUAGCUGAAAGAUCCAAGCGAGGUCACUCUCAAUUUGAGACUUCUCGUCCAGUCAUAGGGCACUUACACGGAGUCAAUGAAGAAGAGAAUCAGUUGACAUGGGACCAAUUCUCCCAGCCUACGGCUGGUCAACCAUCUGGUACAGUUCCUAUGCCUUCAAUCACGAGUAAGCGAUCUAGCUCUCGUUCUGUUCGGAAGACGCAGAUCCUUCGAGACUGGUUCGCCGUCAAUAUUCAGCAUCCGUAUCCCACGGAUGAUGAGAAGACCACCCUAGCAGAGCAAUCCGGUUUAAGCAGAACUCAGGUUAUCAACUGGUUCACGAAUGCCAGACGGCGCCACCGGCUGUCUACUCAACCAAUGGUCAACAAUGCAACCUUCCGUGCAGGAUCGCCCAUGCCGCGCUCCCUCCUGUCGAGCAUGACGCCCUUUGAGCGUUGGAAGCACUCGCCACCGGACAGCGAACCAGUAUCAGAGGCUGCCAUCCAAGAAGCAAUCAGCUUCAGCGCAAACAAACACGAAGGUAGUGUGCCUGGUGAUGCUGAUGAUUUAGGGUCCUCGGCUAGCACAGAUUCAAUGCUGUAUUCCCGUUCUGCCUUGCAUUACUCUUCUGACGGGUCCUUAUCCAAUUACUCCCACGCUUCUGGUAAUAGUGAUGCCGUACACUCAGGAAGAAGUUCAGAGGAUCGCUCCCAUCCUGCAUGGGUCAAGUCAGCAUCCGCAAGAUCAAAACGGUCAAAGGCUCGCACCUUUAUCUGUAGUUACUGCUCACGCAGCUUCAACAAGAAAUACGACUGGCUGCGGCAUGAGCGUUCGGUCCAUGCACCUGGGGACACGUCUUGGGUGUGUGCCAUUCCUUUACCCCCGGAGCAAUCCUAUAUUAUCUGGAGGCUUGGCCAAACGCAGGCAGAGUGUAUCUUUUGCGGACAGGCAUCCCCGACAGAAGAGCAUUUCCAAUCCCACGAGUUUGAAUCAUGUGCCAAGCGUGCUGUCCAGGACCGAAGCUUUACCAGAAAGGACCACAUGUGGCAGCAUCUAUAUAAAUUCCAUGGAUGUCGAAAGUGGGAAGGCUGGAAACCGGAUGUCAACCUGCUCAUGCACAAAUCUGGAGGGGCAUGA